ACCAUGUCUGAGCCAACCCGGGCUGAGACCUUUGUCUUCUUGGACCUGGAAGCCACUGGGCUCCCCAAUGUGGAUCCAGAGAUCGCUGAGAUAUCCCUCUUCGCUGUUCACCGUUCCUCCCUGGAGAACCCUGAGCGUGAUGAGUCUGGCACCCCCAUGCUGCCCCGUAUCCUGGACAAGCUCACAUUGUGCAUGUGUCCAGAGCGCCCCUUCACUGCCAAGGCCAGCGAGAUUACGGGCCUGAGCAGCGAGGGCCUGGCGCAGUGCCGGAAGGCUGGCUUUGAUGGUGCUGUGGUGCGGACGCUGCAGGCCUUCCUGAGCCGCCAGGAGGGCCCUAUUUGCCUUGUGGCCCACAAUGGGUUUGACUACGACUUCCCUCUGCUCUGUACAGAGCUUCAACGCCUGGGUGCUCACCUGCCCCGGGACACUGUCUGCCUGGAUACGCUGCCAGCAUUGCGGGGCCUGGACCGUGCCCACAGCCACAGCACCCGGGCUCAAGGCCGCAAGGGGUACAGCUUGGGCAGCCUCUUCCACCGCUAUUUCAAUGCUGAGCCAAAUGCAGCCCACUCAGCUGAGGGCGAUGUACACACCCUGCUCCUCAUCUUCCUGCAUCGCGCUGCUGAGCUACUCGCCUGGGCAGAUGAGCAGGCCCGCAGUUGGGCCCACAUUGAGCCCAUGUACACACCCCCUGAUGGCCCAAGCAUUGAGGCCUGA